AUGGUCCAGGAAUCCAUCGAGGCCCUUUUGACACCUUCAUUACGAGUGUCCAGACCUGUAGCCGCAUGCGCAAGAUGUCGUUCAGCAAAAAUCAAAUGUGAUGGCAAAUUGCCCACUUGUUCUGCUUGCGAACGGUCAGGAAAAUCCAGCAGUUGCACUAGCGCCAACGAUGAGUUCGCUCGAGGCAAAGAGAGGAGUUAUGUUGCGGCCCUGGAGGCCGCUGCUCAGAGGCUGCAGAAGAAGAUUGAAGAUGCUCGAACCGAGGCCGCCGCUCACAGGGCUCUAUCGGGUGGUCAUCCGGCAAAACCGCCCCAUCAGUCACGGAAAAUCAGUCGUUCCCUUCGAAGAGAGGCCGUGGAUGUGGACGAGUUGGUCAGCGACUUUGGGUUUUUGACGGUCAACGCCACUUCUCGCGAUUUUCACGGUUUUACCGGAACAAUGUCCUUUGCUAAAUUGCUCCUUUCGGCGGCAGCCAGAGAAGAACUACCUCCUCUGGAAUCUCGAGGACUUCCACCCCGUUACGCCAUUACCCCUAUGAUCAACCACUACCUCGAGAACAUUUUUGUGCUCUUGCCCUUCUUUUCCGAAACAGAUCUGAUGGCUAGCCUGGCUCGAAUUUACAAUGAGCCAUCAUCAAUCUCAUCGGCAGUCGCCCCAUUGGAUGUGUGGAAUGUCCGCCUGACUCUGGCCAUCGCUUAUGCAUCGAGCGCGCAACGGAAGGGAGACGAGAACGACAAGACGGCCCUUCAGCACAUGGCAGCGGCUAGGGGACUGGCCGGAUACGUGCUGCAUCCAGGGUCGAUCGCGGGAUUGCAAGCUCUUCUCUUGCUGGUUCAAUAUGCGUUGGUAGAUCCCGCUCAUUACGACAGCUGGUAUCUAGUUGGCAUGGCUUCCAGGCUCAUGGUCGACCUCGGACUUCACUGUGAGCCAGUACCGGAGGCCCAAAUCAGCAAAAGUGAAUUGGAUUUGCGGCGACGAAUAUUUCACUGCACCUACGCCCUCGAUCGUCUUGUUAGUAUGUCUCUCGACCGAGCAUUUUCGUUCACCGACGACUCCUCCUCCGAAGUGCCUUUACCAGAUUCAGCCUCCGACACAUCUAUAUCCCAAAUAUUCCAGCGCUCAGUCAGAUCAUCUCUUUACUUGUUCGAUAUCCGUCGUGUCCAGUCAGCAUUCUAUCAAACCACCCGGUGGUCAUCCCGUUCUCAAUGGCCUUUAGCAACGGCCGCCACCUAUGCAAGCUCAGUGUCAAACGAUAUUCAUGCCUGGUAUUCUACCAUUCCCUCCACACUCCCACAGCGACAUCUGAUGCUGUUCAAUCUGGAAAGACUCUACUGUCAAAUCCUCGUCGUGUCGCCGAACCAGAGGGUGCCUGCCAGCUGCAUGACAGACCUCAACAAGGAGCUGGUUUUCGAAUAUUCAGCCCAAUAUGCCGAUCUGUUGCAGCCCAUUACCCAGGAUGUCAGUUGGCAUGCCUAUCUGACCUAUGCGGAUAUCUGUCGGGCCAAAUACGUGGGUCAGAAAUUUGUGGAGGUGAUGUGGUCGGAUUUCGACCGCCUCGUGAAAACGUCUCAUGCCAUUCGGGAAGGGUCACCACUUGCCAACAAUGUACCCCUGGACAAUGGGCAACGGGCUACCAUCUGUGUGCGCAAGAUCAUUGAGAUCCUGGACUUUGCUCGACAUCGAUGGUCCAUGCCGGAAAUGAGGGAGAAAUUCGAGCAAGAGUCGGCUGUUCUCUUUUCGCGACUCAAAAGCAGACAGAGAGAGUUGAGUCCGGUACCGUACACAAGCACGGUCGCUCCCUCGUCCGGCAGCAACACGGGAUAUGUCAACACAGGCAAUAGCAUUUAUACGAGUCCCGGCCAAUACUCGUAUGAUGUCACAGCGUUGACCCAAUUGCCUAGUCCUCCGCUCCAUCAAGAUCCCCACAUCCAAACUGGGAUGCAACCACAGCAGAUGCUGACGCCUCCAGAAGAAUAUCGCAUACCCGGGAACUACAAUAUGCCGCAAGGGUCUUUACCACGACGCAGUUACGAAUUCUUCGGGGGGCGGAGUUGA